GCGUUUCGCGUUUUCCGGUCGUGGCCCGGGACGAGCUCGGCGCUUGGAGUUCGGGUCUGGCAGCCGUAGUCCGAGGGUUGCGCCGCAUCCGACGAGACCCAGCGUGCCACAUCUCCAGGCUCCAUCGCAAUCAGAUUUAAGCAACUCUAAUAAACCUUCCAGAAAGCAAGCGGCAACAUGGGAGACGAGUCGGAAACCGAACGCAGAAGGAGGGAAGCCGAAGAAGCCCACAGGCGGCUGAAGGAAGAGGAGAAGAGGAAGAUGGAGGAAAAGGAGCGCAAAAAGGCCGAGGUGCGCAAGCGCCUCGAAGAGGCGGCCAAGGCGAAGAAGUCUGGAGGAAAGAGGGGCUUCAUGACACCAGAGCGCAAGAAGAAACUCAGGACUCUGCUGAGGAAAAUGGCCGCUGAGGAGCUCAAGAAGGAGCAAGAAAGAAAAGCUGAACAGAGAAAGAAGAUCAUUGCUGAGCGCAUCGGAGCUCCCAAACCUGUGGACAACUGCAACGAAGCCGCGCUGAUGGCGAUCUGCAAAGAAUACCACGACAGACUGAUCCAGCUGGAAAGCUCAAAAUACGACAUUGAGUACUUGGUCAGACAAAAAGACUACGAGAUCAACGAGCUGACCAUCCAGGUCAACGAUCUUCGCGGGAAGUUCGUGAAGCCCGCUCUCAAGAAAGUUUCAAAAUUCGACAAGCUCAAGAUGGUGGCCAAGAGCACCUCGGAGGUUGACUUCAGGUCCAACCUUAAGUCUGUUAAAAAGGAGACCUUCAAGCUGGACGAGGAGAAAGGACCUGUGGACAAACCCGAAUGGGCCCUUGGAGCUAAGAAAGAGGCAGAGGAAUAAAAAAAGAAAAAGAAAAAUGAAGAAAAAGUGUCGCAACUUCGACGUGGCACCAUCCAUCGAAGACAAAUCUCUGGAACAAGUCGGCGUGACAUGCAAACUACUUUGAAGAUGGCAACUCAAAAUACAAUAAAAAAAACGAUUUCUCACAUAUGCGGGCUUAUAUAUGACGCAUCCCGGCAUGGAACGCUAAUAAAAAUUUUCUGAAUUUCCAGCAAAAGAGGCAGGAACAAUAUCACCAUGAGCCCAUGUGUAACUUGCGUUUAAUAAAAUAUAUUUGCCCAUGUUAA